AACGGCUAAAGGAAACUGCGGGGUACUAAUUAGUAGCUUUAACUAGUCAACGUCUGGUCACUUCACCUUUGUCAGUGUCGAUAGUAUCGUUAACCUCCUAUGAACUGCCGUCCACAUAUGUAGACAUCACAUUUUGGGUUAUUUAGACCAAAAUACUGAAUUUUGCUCUACAAGGGCCUGAUAUCCACUUACAAGGACAUUAUACUGCUACUGGUCUAUCAAAAAUUUAAACGACUAUGCUCAUAUAUGGCUCUCAUUUUUCUUAAAAACAAAAAUUGUUUUUACAUUCAUCGGGCCCCAAUAUACCCAAAUAUCAAAGAGAAAUUAAAAAUGCAUGCAGUGGAAGAGUUCGGGUCUUAGGAGGUUAAAGGAAUCACUUUAAUGGGCUAGAUUACAGCUGUGUAUCCUGUGUGCUAACCGAGGUUACGUUAGCUCCCCGUGCCGUAAACAUGUUUAUUUCAGGAAGGAUAAGAAAUUAUUAUUUAUAGAACAACAAACCUGCUGUAAACUGUCUGCAGCUCACAAGAAGUUUAUUUAUUUAAUGCUGAUAUUCAUCAGCUGUCAGAUAUUAUUAAAAAAAAAACCUUCCUGCUGUCCUCACACCGAGGUCUGAGGGACUUCAGGACUGCUGACGCUGUUUUCCAGUGUUCUGAUUGAUGGCGGGCAAAGUGAAGAAGCCGGGAAAACGCGGCCGUAAACCUGCCAAAAUCGACCUGAAGGCCAAACUGGAGCGAAGCCGGCAGAGCGCCCGCGAGUGCCGAGCCCGGAAGAAGCUAAGGUACCAGUACCUGGAGGAGUUGGUUUCCAGUAAGGAGAGAGCCAUCUGCGCCCUGCGGGAGGAGCUUGAGAUGUACAAGCAGUGGUGUUCGGCCAUGGAUCAGGGCAAGAUUCCAUCAGAGAUUAAAGCUCUGCUCACCGGAGACGAGCAGAAAAUGCCUCCAAGCAGUGGCAACAAGACGUCCAAGAACAGCAAGAACAACAUCAGUAGCAGCAAUGGGCAGAGUUAGACGUUUUUCCACCUCCUUCACCUGCUCCUCUCCUGCAUUUCAUCACUCACACAGGACUCAUGAGACCUUUAAACCUCCAGAGAAUAAACCUCCCUCUGUUCUCAGCACGGAGGUUCACCUCCUCGUACAGUGCAUGUAGUAACCCUCACAGCCAGCAGGGGGGG